AUGAAGCCAUCGUUGUUCCUUUCCGCAUGGCUACUACUAGUAGUGUCGACUACCAUGAUAAUCACCACGGCAAAAGCUGAUCACAAAAUUCCGACUACCUUUUCAGCUGGACAAGUAGCUUCGGUUGGAGGUUUGGACUGUUUGGGACUCGUCUCAGACUACGAUGGAGCAUCGGACGGCAUUAUUCGACUCUUUUUGACCUGCCUCACUGAUGAAUACCAGCUGUUGGGAGUUCCCCAAGUCGACUCGAAUUGGAUUCAAGGCAAGAUUGCUACUGGCGAUUUGAAGAGUGGGGAAACUCGAUUACGAUUCCCGUUGGGCACUUUGGUCAAUGAUUACAUGUUGGAUCAAGAGCCCAUUUUGCUCAAUGUUGAAAGCGAGGUUAUUACCACUGACUACCAUGGUCGGGUUCUCCAAGAUCAGCGCCAAUUGACCAGCGCUCGAAAAAUUGGAACUUACUCCCUGGCCAUUAUCCGAGUUUCGAGCGAUGGAGCCGGCAAGCGUACUACACCCACCACUGCCACUUUGCAAACUGAAGUAUUGAGCACCGGCGAUGUCAAUGUCCGCACUCAGUUCUCGGCCUGUUCCUUUAACCAAUUUAAUCUCGAGCCCGCCACUGGCAAUGGAUUGGACGGCGGGGUUGCCACUGUGGCUACCACGGUCCAACCUGGUUCGGGCAAUAUUGAUAAUGGCACCAGUUACCAGCAGUUUCUGGCAUACAUCAAUGACAUUUUAGAUCAACUCUUUGACCAGAAUGGUGCUCGGAACCCAGCCGACUUUGUCAUGUUGUGUUUGCCACCAAGUACCAUGUCGGGAACGGAUGCGAUUGGAUAUUUCAAUUCCUACCUGACGGUCUACAAUAGCAAUGUUUGCACCUACGUUAGCUUUGGGAUUCAUGAGAUUGGGCAUAAUCUGGAUUUGCAUCAUGCAUCGGAUACUCUCUUUACACCACGAAAUAAUGCCGAAUACGCGGAUCAAGUUGGAUAUAUGGGAUUCUCCUAUGGCAACAUCCAUGCACCCCAAAUGUGUUUCAAUGCAGCCAAGUCCUAUCAACUAGGCUGGUAUUCCUCCAAGACGUAUACUUGCACGCCAUCGCAGUGCAAUCCAUGUCAAGUGGACAUUGGAGGCAUCGUUUCGUUUGACGAUGCCAAUGUGGACUGGGUCUUGAUGAAAAUCGAAGAUAUUUCCAGCGGCGAAGACUACUAUUUGACCUACAACAAUGCCACUGGGAUCAAUCAAGGAACUCAAGAGGGAGCGAACCAAGUCAUUAUCAAUACACAACCUAGAGAAGGUCUUGAGCGAGACUUUUCGUAUUUGGUUGGUUUGUUGAAUGCUGGCGAGGGCGAGACGUUUACUAAUUUCAAUGGCGUUCCAAAUGGAGAAAUCUCAGUCGAAGUCCUUUCCAUUGCCAAUGGGGUAGCAUCGCUGCAAGUGUCCACGGCGGGCGGAGAUUGUGCCGUUCCUACUUCUGGACCAACGAGUGGUCCAACCAGUGGACCAACAUCCAUGCCAACGGUAGGUCCAGAAGAUCCACAAGUGGGUGGUGAUCCCCAUUUUGUGACGUGGACCAAAGAACACUAUGAAUUCCAUGGACAGUGCGAUUUGGUCAUGGUCAAGGACCCAACGUUUGCCAACGCCACGGGAUUGAAUGUGCACAUUCGAACCAAACUGGUUCGGUUCUGGUCUUAUAUUAAGAAUGUGGGCAUUCGAAUUGGCAAUGAUGUCUUGGAGAUUCAAGGGAAUCCGGAACACAGUGAAGCCAAGUACUGGAUCAAUUAUGAAUAUCAAGGCGAGUUGAAGACCUUGGGUGGAUUCCCCAUUUCGUAUCACGCUUCAAGUGUGUCCAAAAGUGUGUAUGAGAUUGAUUUGGAUUCGGUAUACCCCAAUGCCAAGAUUGUCGUCAAGAUUUACAAGGAAUUCGUUCGAGUCAAGCUCCAUGGUGGCAAACAAGCUUAUGGCAACACUGUGGGUCUACUCGGUGAUUAUGAGACUGGCAAGACUUUUGCACGCGAUGGAGUCACUGUCUUGAAUGACUUUGUACAGCUAGGCAAUGAGUGGCAAGUUCUUCCUGGUUUUGAACCCAAGCUGUUUCAUGCUUUGGAAAAGCCUCAAUUUCCAGAGAAAUGCCUGGAACCCGAGAAUCCUCAAGGUGACCGUCAACGCCGCUUGACCGAGAGUAACAUUAGUUUGGAAGAGGCGGAAGCUGCCUGCGCGAGCCAAUUGAAAGAUCCUCUGGCCAUUCAAGAUUGCAUCUACGACAUUUUGGCAACCCAAGAUUUGGAUAUGGUCGGUGCAUUCUGA